AGGCCAGGGAGUCUUCUGUGGGUUUUACCUUGCUGGGCCUGACAGAAGGUGUGUAGGGUGCCUGAAAGAGAGUCGGUGGUAGCUGAAUGGGAUGUAGGAGGAGGGGCAAGGCCCUGCUCAUCAGGAGUGAGAGGGGAAAUGGAACCCCAAACACAGUGCAACUGCAUUGCACAAGACAGAAGUCCCAGGUCUGAGGGCAAUUCCAGUCCACCUACUAGGACUAAUUUGGUAGCUGAGACUAAGAAAUUAUGUAAUGUCAACCCUAGCUAUGCAAAGUCCCAUCCUGUGUACCCCAAAGUAAAGACACCUCUUGAAAAUUGUGUUCUCCGAAGGCAGACAUGUGGCACUAGUUCUUUGGCAAAGACCUUUGGUGAGCACCAGACUCACCUCAAUAAAUGCCUGAGUUCUGAAACCAGGUUUGCCCAGAGUUCAAAAGGUUCUCCUCAGCCAUCAGCGUAUUUUACUAUUAUAAAUGAACUUUUCAAGUCAGAGAGGCUAACGAAAUUAGAGAACGAGGUAAAAAACAGGACAUUCGAGGCACUGGAGAGCCUGAACAGAAAAAUAGAAGCGGCUAGGCUCCAGCAGGAGCGCCUGCUGCAAGACAGCAGGCUGCUGCAACGGGAGAGUCUCUAUGUGGAAGCUGAGAAGAAGUGCUUCUUGAGCGUCCUAAGGAAACAAAGUGAACAGUGUGAAAAGAAACACGAGCAACUGUGGAAUCGAUAUGUUCAGGAAUGUGGGGAGAUUAUUGGAAGGAAACAAGAACUGACACUCAAGUUCGCCCAGCAAACCAAGGAGCUUCAGACACAGCUCCUGCAGGGAAGAGUCAAGCAGUCCCAGCUGAGGCAGCAAUUUCAGUCAAUGGAGCAUAUUUCCUCCAUAAAGAAGAACCAGGAGAUGAAAAUUCAGACGUUAGAGAAGGAGCUGGAGGAGAUGAAAGCCGAGAUGGUUCGGAAGGACCACCAGGCACACUUGCAGUUCCUGCAGCAAAAGACACACCUCAUGAGACAGAUACAGAAACUACAAUUGCUGCAGGCCAGAGACCUUGACACCACAGAGGUUAGGCAGAAGGCCCAGCUCUUUGAGUCCACAGCUAAGAAAGUGAAUUCGGAAGUUUGCGUUAGUGUCUGCAGAGAGUACCAGGAGUUACAGGAGGACCUAUUGAAGCUCAUCCAGGAGUACCUCAAGCUACAGUCGAUAAAGAGGAAGCUACUUAUGCGGAAAGAGUGGCUGAAGGAGGAACAGUGUUAUCGAGACGCCUUAGUGAGGGGGAGAAGACAGCUUAAGGCAAAGAGAGAGAGAAGUCAUACUUGUGACCCUUGCCCCCCAAACCAGGGUGUCCUGAGGCCACAUUGAACCAUCCUUCCUGUACCAAAUCAAGAAUAAAUCCAAUGUAGUUU